AUGUGUAGAAUGUUUGGUGUUCUAUCUUUAGCCUAUGUCGCUAUUUUUAUGUUAACAGUGGUGCACUGUGAAGAGGAUUUUUCGAGUAAUAGCGUUGUGGAUUUUCUUAGUAAAGAUGCAAAUGUCGGACGCACAUUUGGCCACAAUGCUUUGAAACGUCUCUCUUUUAUCUUUUUGCCUGUGAUGUUCACUCUGGGUGUUAUCUCAACUCUAUUGAUGGCUUUAGCGGUCAUAUCUGUCAAGAAUCUCGCUAUUGGAGUUGUACUUCUAAUUGUAGCAGUCAGCCAGGCGGUGUCAAGAUUGUUUUCUGCCGGAGUAGCACCCGCUGCACCUCUCGUGUUCCAUCCAAGAGCUGAAUUCCUUCCUGCACCAGCUUUGCCUGCACCCUGGCCUGCAUCAGGACCGCUCCUCUCACCCUGGGCCCGAUCAGACAACGACGCAACUAUAUCUGAUUAAGAUAUAGAUAACACGAAACUAGAGCGGAGUUAUAUCGAAACGAUUUUUAAUUUAUACAAUUAUAUUUGUAUAUUUUUGUGCAUUUAUUAAACGUUAAGGUUUGUGCUAUUACAAACGAUAAAGCACAAUGCCAUACAAAUGUGCGAACUUCGUCUGCCUCUCACGAACAAUGUUUUGUGACAGACAGACGACGCCUUAGUAUUAUUAUUUACUUAUUUAAGUACAGUAACAGUAAUAAAAAAUUUAAAAAAAAAUGUCUCUUACAAUUAAUCUUCUUUCUCUCAAU